UCACUUCAUAUGCCAUGGCACUGUAAUCCGCCAAGGUAACGAAACGCCUCUAGACCUGGUUUCCAUUUAGUUUGCAAUUUCGAGUCGUUACGUGAAUACAAGUUUCGUUUUUUUUUCUUAUGAUUAUUUUUUGAUCGCUGCUUUUGUGCGGAAUAAAUGAUUUGAAAUUUAUUCUUUUUAUUAUUUUUGUUUGUUUGUUAAAAAAUAAAAUGAAUAAUCCUUGUGGAGUUUUUGUCCUUGUGCUUUUGGUGGGAUCUGCUUUGGCUACCCCAAUGCUUUACAAAAAGAACGAACAAGAUAAAUACGAACCAGAUCUAAUAGCCGUUUCCUCGACUGUGAUUCCUUUAACGGUUUACGAAGUUAGCUAUGGUUUGGGAGGCAAACCUAGCGAGGAAUAUAAAAUGGCUUAUUUGAAAAAACUACGAAAGAAGGUCAAACAUACUGACGAGGAAGAGGAUCCUGAUACUUUAAUAACAAUUAAGAAGAAAUAUCAAGAUCAAAAUAAGGCUAAGGUUAAGGGAAUUUAGAAACGAAAAGUUAUAAUAUGCUGUGGAAUGCUGAGUGUAUUAACGUAGAUUAAUAAAUAUUAAUUUAUUAAUGACGUUUAUACGGAGCUAUGUUAAGUUGAUGUACCUACUUUAAAAUAAAAUUGUUGGACCUGAUGAAAUAUGUGAAAAUAUAUAAUUAAGUUA